UGCAACCGCUCGUUGGAAGUGACUUUUGCGAGUGCUGCGGUGUGCGCGUUGAAAACGCACGUUGUAUGCUGGCCCGCAUGCCUUUGCCGAGCUCGGCAGUGAAAUUCCACAGAAUCCUCGCUCAGUUCCCUCCAGAGCUCAGCUUAGCCUUUGCUUAUGGCUCCGGAGUCUUCCAGCAAGCUGGGGCCUCUGCCGGGGAAAGUGCGAACAAUAUGUUGGACUUUGUGUUUGCUGUGGAUGAUUCAGUAUCAUGGCACAUGAUGAACCUGUCAAAGAAUCGCAGUCAUUAUUCCUUUUUAAAAUAUUUUGGGGCCAAGCCGAUCAGUAAUAUCCAAAACUAUGGAGCAGGGAUUUACUACAAUACAUUAGUGCCUUGUAAUGGAAGGGUUAUAAAAUAUGGUGUUAUUAGUACUGAUACGCUGAUUGAAGAUUUACUUCGCUGGAAGACUCUCUAUGUAGCUGGACGUCUGCAAAAGCCGGUAAAGAUCCUUGCCCAGAAUGAGAAUGGUGAGCUCCAAGCUGCUCUCUCCAGCAAUUUGAAGAGUGCAGUCACAGCAGCUUUUCUUAUGUUGCCUGAAAGCUUCUCUGAAGAGGAUCUUUAUGUGCAGAUUGCUGGGCUCUCCUAUUCUGGUGAUUUCAGAAUGAUAAUUGGGGAAGACAAGUCAAAGGUUAUGAAUAUAGUGAAGCCAAACAUGUUGCAUUUUCAGAAGCUUUACAGCAACAUCUUGCAAGAUUGCCCACAAGUGGUAUAUAAACACCAGCUGGGAAAACUAGAGAUUGAUAAGAGCCCAGAAGGUCAGUUUGCACAACUAAUGGCUCUGCCAAGGACCCUGCAGCAACAAAUAACUGCUCUCAUGGAUCCUCCAGGGAAGAACAGGGAUGUGGAAGAAAUUUUAUUGCAAGUCGCCCAUGACCCUGACUGUGGAUUGGUGGUACACCAGGGCAUUUCAGGAAUUGUGAGAUCCUCCAGUCUAAUUCAGAGUGCUAAAACCACCCUAACAGCUGGGCUAAAAAAAUCUGUGACUUACAGCAUGAAGAAGAUGUACAAAAUGUCAAAAGGUUGGCUAAGGAAGGCAUGAUACCUGCAUUUGGAAUUUCUGGAAAAUCAAGCUGAUCUUAUUUCUAAACAUUGUGCAAAUUCUGUUGCAUAAUUAUUGCAAGUUAUUGGAAAGUUAAUCAUAUGCAGAAACACAUCUGUACUACUUCUAUGCAGGCAGUCUCAUACAGAAGAUAAAACCUAGGUUUUCAGUUUUGUUUUUUUGAAGAUUGUGAGGUGUUUUUGUACUUUUAGAAAGCCCUUGGUAGAUUUGAUUUUUAGUUUCUUCAAAAUGUUUCCUGUACAGAUCUUAGAUUUAGAGUUUUAUUUUGCAUGCAGUUUGCUUUCAUACACUUGCAUCUUAUACUUCACCAGAAUUUGCAAAAGUUGUCUGUACUGAACUGAAUGCUUUCUCUUUGCACUCUUGCUGACAUAUAGAGUUACAUGUUGAGUAACUUUGAAAAAGGUUAGCCAUUCAUUUUUAAGGCAUAGUUGACAGAAACAUAAUUCAAAGCCAAAUACUGGUGAGUGGGUCAUAAUUCAAAACAAACUCAGGUUGUUAGACCCAGAAGCUCAAAGUGUAAUGUGUGACCAUUUGGAUAUCAUUUAAGGGUUCCAUGUUGCUGCCAGCAGAGAGUGGGCUUUAACAUCAGCCUAUGAUCAAAAGCAGGAAAGUUUUCUUACCUCUUGAUAUGUGCUAACUUCUCUCCCAAAAUUAUGAGUUUUAAUGAUUUUCCAUUGUAACCUAUCAACUGAACUAUUCCAUAUUUUCUCAAAGAUAGUUGGGAAGAAACCUGUUCUACUGUUACACUGUUUUACUAUAUUAAUAAGUAAUGCAAAAUAAUGGUGUUGAUCCUAAAAAUCUCAAAAUGAAAUUAUGUACAGAGUUGGGUGAGGAGAUCUGGAUGUUUUUCCCUCCUCCCUCUCCAUUUGCUACAGCUGUUUACUUCUUAUAUACAGAGAUGGACGAGACAAUCAGAUGUGCUUUCAGACUUCAAAGCAAGUCACAGUAGAACUGAAAGAGUAAUAUAGUAACAAUAUUGGAAAUAUAGAGCUGGAUAAUAGAAGAAUACAUCUAAAUACCAUAUCAUGAUAAAGGUAAAUGGUGCUGCAUUUUUCACUUGUUGAUUGGAAGACUUACAAGACCUUGGAUCACGAUAGUUGUCUAUAAAUAUAUGUAGUUGUGAACUGUGUCAGUCAAUACAGGGACAUGAAAAGUGAUUUUAGCAAUUUUCAAGACCUAGCUUAUGACAAAACAGUAAGCAUCAAUUACAGAAAUAAGUAAUAUUUCAUAAAAAUUGUAAAUGGACUUAGUCAUGAUGUAUAUUCCUUAGAAGUGGUUGCAGAGAGAAAAAGAAUACAUGCUUACAGAUUUUGACAUCUUAUUUUCUUGAUCUAAUGGGAAGGGGGGGAGUUCAUGCACUAGUGCUAUCAGUGAAUUUGGGCUCUUGUGAUGGUGGACGGCUGAAAGUUCUAAGCUUCGAGGACGAAGGUGAGUCGAAACAUCUAAAGUGUGAUGACUGUUAUAUUAAAGCUGAGAAGAUUCAUUAAUAAUAAUAACAGUUCAAUUGUAUACUGCUCUUCUGGAUAGAUUAGUGCCCACUCAGAGCAGUGAACAAAGCCAGUGUUAAUAUUCCCAGAAUACAGCUGGGGAGCUGGGGCUGAGAGGAGUGGCUUAUCUCAGGUCACCUGGUGAAUUCAUGGCUGUAAUGAGAUUUGAACCAGUGAAGUGUGGCAUUAAAGUCCAACUACUUGGCCACUAGGGAGUAGUUUCCUUUUAAGGUGCUCUUCAGGCAAAUCUCCAGAUUUCUUUUUCAACCUGGAAAAUAUUUAGGAAGCAGUUUGGGGGCAAAUCAUGGUGUGUGCAUGUGUGUCCCUCGGAAUUUUAGUUGAGGCCUCUGAUUCAAAAUGUAGAAGAUUUUGUGUACUUUUAGGUAUUUAAGCUGUCUAUGGUUUGCAAAUUCUAACCUUCAAUGUGUCAUAUCCCAUGCCACUCUAGAUAUGUGCCAGUUGCAAGGCGAACUCUGUUUAUCGUUUGGGUCCGAGCUGGUAAACCUUAUAAAUGAUUUCUGGUCUUCCCAAAAGUUUUGUAGUUCAUAAGGGGGAAAAAUAGGUUAUGGAGAGUAGAAUUGAUUUAAAAAUGUAUAGAGACAGUGUCAUUCUGUUAAGAUAUUGAAUACAUCUGUAAACAUUUAUGCUUAACACAUGAAAACAAUCACGUAUAAUCAAUAUGUUAUCAUGGAAUCUAAAAAAUUAUUUUUGUAUGUGUUUCACUCCUUAUCCUUGAUUGAAGAGGAUGUGUAAUGUGAGUAGAAGGAAUUUGAUACAUGAUCACACAAUCAUUUUGGACUCCCUAAUAACUAAAUAUAUUCAUCU